AUGGUAGAAAAUGACUUGAAAAAUGGCCGAAGCAUAAGUCAAUCUGCUUUGAGAGACACCUCCCAAGCCAUCCAGAACGGCUCGGGAGGUUUAGCAAAUCGAAAGAAGAGGGAAGAAGGAGCCUUGAUGACUUUAGGUUUGAGAGGCCCCCAUCGACCCCGCGAUCAUUCUUACCUGCCUUCCAGAACCCCACAACACUACUACCCCCAUCAAGAUGCAGCAUAUGCCGUGGCACCGCCUCGCUAUGCGAUAGGUCUAUUGCAACUUGUGCCUCCAAAUCGGCAAAAUCCGGAAUCUCCAUCAUAUCGGCCCGGUACUAGGUGUGCCUAUUAUUCAGGGGCAGAGCGUCAUGAUACGGAGGAUUUUUGGACUCUCAAGAGAGCCGUUGAGAAUUUGAUAGAACAAAAACGAGUGGUGCUGAGGGACGAGGAAGUCCCCAAUGUGACUAACAAUUCAUUACCGACUCACAACAACGGGCCGGUCAUUGGAAUUAUUUGUGAUGAUAAAGAGUUUUAUCCAGCUUUGAAAGCUAUCAUCUCCAUUGUCGAUUCAGAGGCAAGACCUAAAGCGGCGUUGAAACAAGCCAGAAAUGAGAAGAAAAUCACUCUAACUCCUCAAGUUGCAGAAACAAAUACUGGGGCAGCACCAUCUAAGGAUGCAAUUCUCUAUGUUCCUAGGGCCCCAAGGAAAGAACAACUCAUGUUGAACACUCCCAAAAGAUUUGAGCAGAGGAAAGUCACGCUAAAUGUGCCAAAGUUGUAUGUGCCAAAAGGGACUUAUGUGGCGCGGGGGCCGGUAAUUUCACCAAGGCUGAAUGAGCCCGUGGUUAUUAGCCGCGCACCACAGAGCCCUAUGAGAGACCCCAUUGCAGUCCCCUGGAAUUAUAGCAAAACAGUGGUUACUUACAAGGGGAAAGAGAUUAUGGGAGAGGUGAACGAAAUGAACCAACCUAGGAAGUACCACAACCCAGAAGAGCAAAAGAUGUUAAUACUGAGCAAGGAUAAACAGUUUCCGCCUAAGAAGCCUGUGAGUUAUGAGGAAGUAAAAGAGUUUUUCCGAAAAAUGAAAACUUCGGAAUAUGCAAUAAUUGACCAGCUCAGGAAGACUCCUUCCCAGGUUUCACUUUUAUCUCUUUUUAUUAGCUCAAAUGAACAUCAGAAGGUACUCCUGAAAACAUUGAACGAGGCAUAUGUCCCGGUUGAAAUUUCAGUUGAACAACUGAGAGUCAUGCUAGAUGGUGGGUCUAGGGUCGACAUUUGCCCUCUCUCAACGCUCCAGAGGAUGAAAAUUAGAACAGAAAGAAUCCGACCAAACAAUGUAUGUGUGUGCGCUUUUGAUGGUGUCAAACGAGACACAAUAGGGGAAACUGAUUUGAUUUUGACCAUUGGCCCUGUGGAUUUCGAGGUAACUUUCCAGGUUCUGAACAUGGAUACUUCAUAUAAUUUUCUCCUAGGAAGACCAUGGAUUCACACUGCAGGAGCUGUGCCCUUCACUGUUUAUCAAAUGGUCAAAUUUGAACAUGAAAACCAAGAAAUUGUUGUCCACGGGAAGGAUGAAUAG